CGUUUAAUUUUGAUAUAAUUGAAUUGAUUCCAAAUUCGAAUGAAUUUCAGGUCUGAUUGAGAUUUUAAGUUCUCUUUCAUGCAAAUGUUUGACUCAUAUGUGCCUCAAAUAAGACUUCAGUCAGUCGAAUAAGAAAUAUUGGAAGUAUUUGCGCAUUUGAAACGUGUUGAACGUGUGGAACGAAGUGUUUUGGUUUUGCUGCAUGAGUAUCAGACAAAAAUAACAACGGUUCCGCAAAACUUGGCGAUACGUUCAAAUGCGGAAUUGACAUAUGGUCGUGUAUUUGUAUAUCUAAACACGGAUUGCGUAUUGCACUACCAAGUGGGUGCUGUUAUAUAUAUUUAUAGAAUUUUUUUAUGGAAAAAAAAUGCGCGAAUUUCAUCCAAUUUAUAUUAUGUACGGAAUUUUUGUUUAUAAAUAAAUCAAUAUUUUUUUUUAGAAUUGGAAGAAAGUCCCACGAGUUGUGUGUAUACUGUACACAUAUGUACAUGUUUCGGGAAGUUGGUUCGUUGCACAACGACCGAUUUACUAUGGAAAUGCAACAAAACAUAUUCGAAACGGAGACGAGGGAGAAAAAAAAGCGAAACUAGGAAGAAGGAUAAUUUUGCAUCGGUAUAUAUAGGUCAUCAUAAUCAGGUUAUUGCACUAUUGAAUUUUUCCAGUUUCCCUUCGCAUUUAUAUAUUCGGUGGUGAUCUAUUUAUAGCGUUUUGAAACGAUUGUAUGCGUGUCAUACACAAUUGAGCAAACAUUCGUAACCUUCAUCGAGCCUUCUUUUUUCUCUUUUCUCUCUCUCUCUCUCUCUCUCUCUCUCUCUCUCUGUCUCGCUAUGUUCCUCUCUAUCGCAUGCCUCUAUAUAUGUACCACAGCCGAUAUAAACAAUAAUCACAGAAAAUAUGUUGAUCAAGUGAUGAUGCGGAGCGCGAUUUUUCCAUGGUGCCCGUCUUCGCAUUACAAUCAAUAUCCUUUUAUUUCCUUAUUUUCAUAUGCAUGCAAUGCUGCCGUCACUACUGCUGCCGCUGCCGCUGUUGUUUUUUUCUUUUGUUCAUUUGUUAAAGACGAUGAUGGAUUGAUGUAGGUUUUGUGGUUGUUCGAUAGCGCGUCGAUUAAUUUCUGCCUACGACACACAUAUUUCGCUGUGAAAAUAUGCAUGUUUGCUGAGGGAUUUGAUUUGAUUCAUAUACAGAAAUUAAUCGGUGUUGUUGCUAUUCGACGUUAGCAGGUGAAUUGUGUUUAUGUUGACGUGGUCGGGGUGAAAUGGUGGUUGAACUUAGCACUCACCCAAAUACACACGAAGAAAAAAAAAUGUACAGCAACAUUUUCGGUCGUCAUUCAAAAUGGUUAUAUUUUGUCGUAAAUUCGGGAGCAAACAUUUUAGAAAUUGAGUUCUUGAUUUACAAUUGGCACGGCACAGAUACAAGUCAUUGACUUAUUACAACUUACUGAACAAAACUGAAUUAAUUAAAAUUUUCUGUUGUUUUUGUUCUUGUUGUUGGGGCUGUUGCCAUUGCUUUCCACUCGCAUAUUGCAUUCAUCUGUUGGGCAAACGGCAAUGAAGAGAAAAAAAAACUUUGUUCCGUUUCAUUUUUUUUUUCAUUCACGUUCAGUUCAUGUUAUUGCAUGAGUUUCCGUUUUUGUGCGGUACCAUUUUUCGAAUUAUUUUCCCAGGAGUUCAGUCGGAGUUAGUCACGUAAAACGAUUAGAGCAUUUCCGCGCCGUUUCUUUCAAUUCGUAAUCGCGAUUUGUUGAACUGUGUGUUAUUUGUGUACAUUUUCAACUGUGAAUUGUUCCUGUCGUUCUGAUUUAUUGGGCAUAUUUGAUCGAAAUUUAACAGCAAUUGUUCCGAAUGCAGCCAUUCAACUGUGAAUUGAUAACUUUCAAUUUUUCGCAUUGAUUCAAGAUUUCCCUGUUGUGCUCAUUCGAUUUCAAUACAAAUUGUUGGCAUUGUUUCGAGUUUCAUGUUUCAAUUGUGAAAAUCGAAUCACAGUCCGAAUAAUGACAGCAAAAUUAAAACCAAUUGAACCGAAAACAAUUUCGGCAAAUGGAUCAAGGACAUUGAAUCCGGAUAGUCGACCGUCAAAAAUGGUAAAAAGAGCUACAACAGCCGUCACACUGUCAUCUCCACGCUCACCUCGCAUUGACCCGAUUCAAAAAUGCGACCCAACUAAUUUUAAAGUCGGCAAAUCACCUCCGAAUGGAAAUGGAAAUGAAAAUGACACGGUGAAAGACAAAAGUGAUGAGGUCAAAGGUGGAAAAAUUGAUGAAGAAACUAUUGGCGAAAAUAAAGAAAACGAUGUCAAUGAUCGAAAAUAUGAAAAUGAUGAAAAAGACAAAACCAAAGAAAGUGAUGAAAAAAUUGAAGUCAAACCUAACGUCGAAGACACAAAUCCGCUUGAUCUCAUUCCCGAUGUGUACAAAACCCAAGGAACAAUGACAUACUCCAGUUGUACUGGUUAUUCGGAAAGUACAUGCCUGUGUAGCAGCAUAGAUGAAGGCAUUCAAUCAACAUUGAAACCGCGCGUUUCGUAUUUAGAGCGUCGAAAUUGGAUAACCACCGAACGGUUGAGUGAGCUGCGCCGAAAAGCACAAGAUGCGAUGAAACAUCAUAAAAUCUUUACAAUUCGCGGUUGUUUCUAUUCGAUUCGCAAGAGUUUAGUGCAGCGUGGCUGGGUUGAGAAGCUUGAUAUACACCGUCGUUCUGUUGUGAAUGGCUCGUGUCAGGUGAUACUCGAGGAUUUGGCUCAACAUUUGCCCCAGCGGCGCCCGGGCGAAACUCGUCGGCAGCAUAUUCAAAAGUGCGAACGCAAUAUUAUGUCACGGUUUAUAGAGCAUUUUCCGAUCGACCUGCUUUGGUCGGCGCGUAAAGAAAAAUCCGAUUGGAUUGACAUGGCACGAAAUGCAAACUUAACGAUAAACAAAUUCCAUAAAAGUCCAUUCACCACCAAAGAAGGUCUGUGCAAUGUGUUACGAGAUUUGCACUGGUUUUUCGAGGAAGGUAAAUCGGAAACAUAUUAUCCGCGUAGCUACAAUGCAUGGAAUCAGGACGAUUUGCAAGAGUUUAUCGAUGAUUACCGAUUGACAGCUUGCAUGUCGAUGCUCCGAUUUCUGGUGGAUUGUCACGAAAACAAGGAAUCCGAUUGUAUUUAUACGGAAAACGGUCAAAUUCCAAUAACAAGCAUUCAUUUUGCGCUGAAACAGAGCAAAGCCUAUGUCAGAAGUUGCCAGCAUUUGGAUAUUGACGAAGAUGUGGAACGAAUUUGGAAUCAUGAAUGGGAACUAUUUUUGAUGCACUACCAAAUGCUUACUCAAGACCAUUUAACCUUUCAAAUGCCCGAUGAUUUAAUGCAAUGGAACUGUUUAAUGGACGAAUGCAAGCAAUGUUUGAAGGAAAUAUCUACGCAUUGGCCUCAAAGCAAUCUCGAUGGCAUGCUAAAUAUCUGGAUCGUAAAGCCUUCAAAUCGGUGUCGUGGCCGUGGAAUUCUACUUAUGAGCGAUAUCAAGAAAAUCAUUGCACACGUUUCUCCAGCCGUCGUCAAUAAAGGACGCUAUGUCGUACAGAAAUACAUAGAACGGCCCAUGAUAAUACAUAACUGUAAAUUCGACAUUAGGCAAUGGCUGCUCGUUACGAGCGUACAACCGCUUGUUAUAUGGAUGUAUAAAGAGAGUUAUCUACGAUUCAGUUCGCAGGAAUACGAUUUGGUAAAUUUCCAUGAAUCGGUGCAUUUAACGAAUCAUGCCGUUCAGAAACGCUAUGUGAAUGGUAAGCGCGACGAACGGUUACCACGAGAAAAUAUGUGGGACUGCCAUACAUUUCAAGCGUACUUAAGGCAAAUUGGAAAAGCGAGCAUGUGGUCGGAGCGCAUUUAUCCGGGCAUGCAAAGAGCAUUGAUUGGAACAAUGUUGGCUUCGCAAGACACAAUGGACCGAAGGCCAAAUACAUUUGAAUUAUAUGGAGCCGAUUUUAUGAUUUCCGAAGAUUGUCAACCGUGGCUGAUUGAAAUCAAUGCUAGCCCGGAUUUGGGUGCUUCUACGUCGGUGACGGCCAGAUUGUGUCCUCAGUGUUUAGAAGAUGUUAUAAAAGUUGUGAUCGACUACCGAAACGAUCCAAAAGCAUCGACUGGCAAUUUUGAAUUGAUUUACCGACAGGUAAUCCCACCUGCUCCAGCUUAUUUAGGCCUCAAUUUAUUUUUGAAAGGAACACAAGUGGUGCCAAAAAACGGCGUCGGAAAAAAAGAAAAGCCAAAACCGGAGGUAAAAUCAAAAAUCGAGCGAAAAACUUCGCAACUGUCAGUGAAACCAGUUCGGGAUCUGCUCAGUGGUGAGAAUGAGAAGACACCAAUAUUAUCACCACGUUCGUUGCUAAUUGAUUUCUCCGACAAUAACGAGAAUAAUUCAUUGAAUUCGAUGCGGAAAAAUCAAGCGUUUGCUUCACUCAAUAAGUCGAAUAAGGAGAAUGUAAUGAAAAAUGACAAGGUGUUAGCGGGGCGAUUGCAUUCAUAUUUAGCGCUAACACGGUAUCCGUCGAAGCACAUUGAAAUGAAGGACAAUCCGCUGAGUGGUAGAAAGCCUGCAAUCAAAGCGCCCGACUCUUCUCGUCGUCAUGCCAGCUGUGGCCCAAAAUUGAUGUCUAUUGCUCAGCCAGAAGAGAAGAAAGUUGAAGACACUCAUGUGGUGGAGAACGAUCAAAGCAAAAUCAAAUGUGUUGGAAAUAAAUGUGGUCCAGAUAUUGAACCAAACGAUUCGGCAGUUGAGUCAAACAAGUCAUCACCUCGGAAACCAGCACAAGAGACACCAAGAGUAGCUAGCAUACGAGCCAAGUUGAAACCAGUUAACACAUUAUCGAAAUCAGCCAGACCGAUGGCACCAAAAGAAAAACCAAUGGGCAACUCAAGUGAUUAUCGCAAGUAUUUGAGUCAAAGCAGCUCACAACUCAGUAGAAUGCCAUCAAAAGUGCCCAUUCAUAGUAAUUACUAUAAUUCACACUUUUACGCCGUUGGAUUGAGCUUAAGAGCCUGGCGUUCGAAGUACAGUCGCCCAAAACCAAAUGGUGUUACUCCAAAUACGACCAAUAAUAACACUCUAAAAGGGAAAAAUGCCUAAAUACCCUGAAAUGUAAGAAAAAUUAUGUAUAAUUCCAUGCAAUCAAACCAAUCAAAUAAUCCACCCAUGUGUAUGUGUAUAUAGGAUGUAAGCGCUUUAUUGAUUUUUUCUUUGCUUCAGAUAAUUACAGUUAAGUCAAAUUGUGUUGUUGUUGUUGAUUGAGGCAUUGGACAUGUUCGUUUUUAUUUGGAAUUAUAGUCAAUUGCGAAUCUUUAAACAUCUCUCACAAUCCUUAAUUUAUUCAAUUAGAUAAGAUAAUUGAAAAGAAAGAGCAUGUAUGAGUGUGAAUAAUUCUUGUCCUCGCUCCAAAACGUAAUGUGAGCGCAUUGCUUUUGCAAAACCUUAGAAAUAGCUAUUAAGAAAACAGAAUCUUAAAUUCAGAAUACACAAUGAAACAUAUUAUAACUUGCUAAUUAUAUUCUCUUUCGUUUUUAUUGAGUGUUCAAUGAUUAUGAAUGUGUGAUUGUUUAUUUUUCUUGUCUUCAUUUCUCGAAAUUAAUGAUUUAGAUUUAUGUAUGGAAAUAAAUAAAACUAACGCUUGGAAAUAAUUGAAAAUUAGAGAAAGAAAAAAUUUGAUUCGAAAACACUUGUCUUUGUCUCAGCACAUAAAAAAACCACAUUGAAUCGCUCUAGUUUUGUUUUGUUUUUCAUCGACAGUCAUUUGGAUUAUAGGGAAUUAUAUCGAUUGAAAAAGUUAUACAGGAAAAUUGGUCAACAAUUUCCAUGCAUAUCAUUUUCAAACGGCAUAAUCAAAUCGAAUGUAUACUUCACUUUAGUUUAUAUGCUAUAAGGGUACAUAAGGUUUAGGGGAGGCGGUUAUGUGUCGCAUGGCAAAUGCUCGAAGAGUGGUUUUUGUGCUUCCUAAAAUUCCUUUCAUUUCAACUGUCUGCAGGUUUUUUUUUCACAAAUUAUUUUCAAUUUUCAACGACAACAGACUUUUUGACUUUUGGGUGCACAUAUUAAUCGAUGAAUACGUUUUUUUUCUUCAACAAUUCUUAAGUAGAAUCACAAAAUUUUCGAACAAUUCACGUAUUUUUCGAAAUGGUUUUUUUUUCUUUUACUCUUGUUUUGUUUUUGUUUUUUGGUUUAUCUUGGUUAAUUUGUACACUUUAUGAAACCGUUGGUUUUAACGAAAACGACAAUUUUGGGCGCGAAUUAUUUUUACCCAAUAUCAUUUUCUGUUCUUCUUUUACACGCUUUUCAUGCUCUUUACGCAUUUUUUGUCUGGUUUCAUCCAUCUUUCUCUGCUCUUCAAUUAUGCUCAAUUGCUCUUCGGCCUGGAAAGAAAAAGUGGGAUGAGAAAAGACAUUUUAAUUUGAU